AGGCGUCCAUGUCCCUGGCUCUCUCCUUCCCUCUCCCUCCGUCUCUCCAUCGACGACGUCGUCGCGGCAAUCCGCUGUGCAGAAGCAGAGCGAGCGCCGCGGCGAGCGUGGGCGUGAUGAGGGAGGUGAAGCUGAAACCCAUCGAAGCGACCCCCGAGACCUUCCGGGACUUCGGCCAGGUCAUCGAGGCGUCCCCCGACGGCGACGUGUUCGGCCCGAAGGACGCGCAGCUCGACCUCAGCCGUGGGAUUCCCAGGUUUUACAUCAUGCAUCUUGAAGACCGACCACUCAAGUUUUCUGACAUUACACACCAUGCCAGCGUGACCCAGUGUCUUGGUUCAAUUGGGGGGCAUCCCUGGUAUCUUGGUGUUGCUAAACCGUCCAUCGCAGCUCCAGGGGAAGUGAAAGAUGAAGCUACCGAAAACUUAAAGCAGUCUCGGUGUGGUCACUUCUAUGUGCCUCCCGCUUUGGACGACGUGUAUGUGUUCAGAAUUUCUGGUUCCAAAUUUGUGAAGCUCCAUUGGGGCACAUGGCAUGCUGGGCCCCUGUUUCGGGCGGACAAAAUGGAUUUCUACAACUUAGAACUGAGUAAUACCAAUGUGGUGGAUCACACUCUUCACAGCUUUGUGAAGGAGAAUGAAGUUGUCUUCUUAAUCGAUGAAUAGCGAUGCUCGCUUUUAUGCUUCUGUGUGAACGUCUGCUGCAGUAACACAGUGCCUCUAUGGAUGGAAGGGGGAAAAGUGAUUCCAAUUGCCAUAGUUUUGGCAUAUUGAAUAAGACUCUAGAAAGGCCGGGAGUCAGUACAGUACAUUGUAAAUUCUCAUUUUGGGAUAAAAUGAUCACAACUAUGUGUAUCGCAAGAUGAAUGAUUCUGUCAAUGUCGGUUCUUUGCUUGUCCUAACAGGGUCACUUUCAUGUACAUCUUUUGUUUUUUCUUAAAAGAGAAGUCGAAUGCUAGCAAUAUGACCAAGGAGAAUGUAUUAGCUCUUGUCGUCUGCUCUUUACAGUCUAUUCUUCACAUCAAAACAUGCUGCUUAAUGA